AUGGCGAUUCGGAGGUUGGGCCCUGGGUCCGAGAAACAUCGCUGGAUACACAAAGCUGCAGUCAAGGCCAUUGCAUUCUGCCCAUGGCGCGAAGGACUGGUUGCAACGGGUGGUGGGUCUAAUAAUAAAUGCAUCCACUUCUUCCAUACAACUUCAGGCUCAGCUUUGGCUACAAUCGCAGUUUCAGCUCAGGUGACGGCUCUCAUAUGGUCGUCGACCAGGCGUGAAAUUGCUGCUACUUUUGGUUAUACAGAGCCCGAACAUCCCUAUCGGAUAGCCGUAUUUAGCUGGCCAGAAUGCAGACAAGUGGCGGCGAUCCCAUGGGACGGAGAUCUUCGAGCAUUGUAUGCCAUCUCGUAUCCUCGGUGGCCGGCCAAUACGAAGGCCAUGGCACACGAUCAGAAACUUCGCGAGGGAUGCAUUGUUGUUGCCUCGAGCGACAAGAGUGUCAAAUUCCACGAAAUCUGGGGUAACGAAGGCAAGAUGCCAGGGGGAGGAACAGGGAUGCUAGGAGGCAGCAGUAUUCUCGAAAGUCUUGAGGGUAUUGACAAAGAGGGCGAUGUGAUUCGUUGA